ACUCUUAUCAGAUUAAACCCGCUCCUCUUCAUAGCUCAAUACACACAGAGGGCAGAGCAAAUAACAGAGAGAUAGAGAGAGAGCACUCUCUUCUAAAAUUUCACUUGUGCCUUCUUAGUGAGACAAUAAAUCACAGAUCCUGCAAUUUAAUAACGUAAUUAGCGAUGGCACAGCCUCUCGUGAAAAAAGACGAUGAUCGCGACGAUGAAGCGGAGUACUCUCCUUUUUUGGGUAUUGAGAAGGGAGCUGUUCUUCAGGAAGCUAGGGUUUUUAAUGACCCUCAACUUGAUCCGAGAAGAUGCUCACAGGUUAUUACAAAGCUUCUUUAUCUAUUGAACCAGGGAGAUUCCUUCACCAAGGUCGAAGCCACAGAAGUUUUCUUUUCUGUGACAAAGCUUUUCCAGUCAAAAGAUUUAGGUCUGAGGAGAAUGGUUUAUUUGAUUAUAAAGGAAUUAUCGCCAUCAGCUGAUGAGGUUAUUAUUGUGACAAGCUCCCUAAUGAAGGACAUGAAUAGCAAGACUGAUAUGUAUCGAGCAAAUGCCAUUCGUGUGCUUUGUCGGAUAACAGAUGGAACCCUUCUUACCCAGAUUGAGCGAUAUCUGAAACAAGCAAUCGUUGACAAGAAUCCAGUGGUUGCCAGUGCAGCCUUGGUCAGUGGGAUUCAUUUACUCCAGACGAACCCAGAGAUUGUGAAAAGGUGGAGUAAUGAGGUUCAAGAAGCUGUACAGUCAAGGGCUGCCCUAGUACAAUUUCAUGCACUGGCUUUGCUCCAACAGAUACGACAGAAUGAUCGACUUGCUGUUAGCAAGUUGGUUACCAGUUUGACUAGGGGAACUGUUCGCUCACCACUGGCUCAAUGCCUUUUGAUACGCUAUACUAGUCAGGUUAUUCGUGAGUCUAGCACACAAACAGGGGACCGUCCUUUCUAUGAUUUUCUGGAGAGUUGUCUGCGCCAUAAGGCAGAAAUGGUGAUAUUUGAGGCUGCCAGAGCAAUUACAGAGCUCAGUGGCGUGACAAGCCGAGAACUGACUCCAGCCAUUACUGUUCUCCAGCUCUUCUUGAGCUCUUCCAAGCCUGUGCUGAGAUUUGCAGCUGUCCGCACUUUGAACAAGGUGGCAAUGACCCAUCCGAUGGCUGUCACUAACUGCAACAUCGAUAUGGAGAGUUUAAUUUCAGACCAGAACAGAAGCAUUGCCACUCUUGCAAUCACCACUCUACUGAAGACUGGAAAUGAAUCAAGUGUGGAUCGCUUGAUGAAGCAGAUAACAAAUUUCAUGUCAGAUAUUGCUGAUGAGUUCAAAAUUGUUGUUGUGGAAGCCAUAAGGUCACUGUGUUUGAAGUUUCCCUUGAAGUACAGAUCAUUGAUGAACUUUUUAAGCAACAUUCUCAGGGAGGAAGGAGGAUUUGAGUACAAAAAGGCUAUUGUAGAUUCAAUUGUGAUCCUCAUCAGAGAUAUCCCUGAAGCAAAAGAAAGCGGUUUGCUUCAUUUGUGUGAAUUUAUUGAAGAUUGUGAAUUUACCUAUCUAUCCACACAGAUACUCCAUUUUCUGGGGAUUGAAGGCCCAAAGACCACUGAUCCGAGCAAAUAUAUUCGCUAUAUCUACAACCGUGUGCAUCUUGAGAAUGCUACUGUUCGGGCUGCUGCUGUGAGCACUCUGGCUAAAUUUGGUGCCAUGGUUGAUGCAUUGAAGCCUCGUAUUUUUGUCCUGUUGAGACGUUGUAUCUUUGACAGUGAUGAUGAGGUUCGUGAUAGGGCAACACUUUAUCUCAACACACUUGGAGGUGAUGGUGAAGUGGUUGAAACUGAUAAAGAAGUUAAGACUUUUCUCUUUGGAGACCUGGAUAUUCCCCUAGUGAAUUUGGAGACAAGUUUGAAAAAUUAUGAACCUUCUGAGGAGCCUUUUGAUAUUCAUUCUGUUCCAAAAGAAGUUAAGUCUCAGCCACUUGUUGAGAAGAAAGCCCCAGGCAAAAAGCCAGCUGGUCUUGGAGCUCCUCCAGCUGGUCCUCCAUCUACUGUUGAUGCUUAUGAAAGGCUUCUUUCUUCUAUUCCAGAAUUCUCAAACUUUGGGAAGCUUUUCAAGUCCUCAGCUCCUGUGGAGCUCACAGAAGCAGAAACAGAAUAUGCAGUUAAUGUUGUGAAGCACGUAUUUGAUAGGCAUGUGGUGUUCCAGUACAACUGCACCAACACAAUUCCUGAGCAACUACUGGAAAAUGUCUCUGUUAUUGUGGAUGCUUCAGAAGCAGAUGACUUUGCAUAUGUAGCAUCCAAGCCUUUACGAUCUCUUCCUUAUGAUACACCUGGACAAACCUUUGUGGCAUUUGAGAAGCCUGAGGGUAUUACAGCAGUUGGAAAGUUUACAAACAUGUUGAGGUUCAUUGUUAAAGAGGUUGAUCCAAGUACUGGUGAGGCAGAGGAAGAUGGUGUUGAGGAUGAAUACCAACUAGAGGACCUUGAAGUUGUGGCAGCAGAUUUCAUGAUGAAGGUUGGAGUCUCCAAUUUCAGGAAUGCUUGGGAAAGCAUGGGAGAAGAUUUUGAGCGUGUGGAUGAAUAUGGUCUUGGUCCAAGGGAGAGCUUGGCCGAAGCUGUUAGUGCUGUCAUCAACCUUCUUGGCAUGCAGCCUUGUGAGGGAACAGAGGUUGUCGCAACCAAUUCAAGGUCACACACGUGUCUACUCUCUGGUGUAUCCUUAGGCAAUGUGAAGGUUCUUGUACGGUUGCAGUUUGGAAUUGAGGGUUCAAGGGAUGUUGCGAUGAAGCUGUCUGUUAGAUCCGAGGAUGAAGCCAUUGGUGAUGCCAUUCAUGAGAUUGUAUCAUGCAGCUAAGGUGUCAGUCCAGUGAUUGUUCCUCUUUCUACUCAGGAGGCUAUUUGUUUUUGUUCCACAGGUGAGGUCAGGGGCAGAUUGCUGUAAUAUCAGUUAAAGCUCUCUUCAUACAAAGAGUUGCAAGUCACGGGGAAGGGAAGUUAGGCUUGCAGGAGACUGUAUUUGCUUUUAAGUUGAGCAGAGCUUUUCUCGUCAUUUUUUAAAGCUAGCAAAAGUCAUUCUUGUGUCAUGCAAAUCAGGUCCAUUAGGAAGAUACUUUUCCUCUUGUUUUCUUUUUUUUUUUUCCUGAAAAUUCUUAUGUGUAAGAUUCCAUCAAGUAUCAAUCUUGCUUGGUAUAUACUUUUUGCCAUAAUACGGGACGAAUUUUUGGGGUUGAUUA